AUGUCUAAAGGUUUCAAAGGUACAUCAAGUACCGACGACGACAACAACAACAACGGUAAUGGAGUUUUGUUCAAGAAUUUUUUCGAAGGAUGGUUAGUUCGUCAAGAACAUUACCUGGAUGAGCUAAUCUGCGCCAAUCAAAACUUCGAUGAAUCUUCUGAUGAUGAUCUUAGAGAGCUUGUUUCUCGAAUUCUCGCUCACUAUCAGCAAUACUACGAGGAGAAAUCGAAAAUCACCGAGCGAAAUGUAUUCCUCGUCUUUUUCCCGCCGUGGUUUACUUCUUUAGAGCAAGCUUUUCUCUGGAUCGCCGGGUUCAAACCUGGACUUGCGUUUCGUAUGGUGACGAAUUCGAUCGACGAUCUGUCUGAGGAUCAGAUACAGACCUUGAAUCGGCUUAUGAGAGAGACCAAAUCUCAGGAACGUAGCUUAAAUGAUGAGCUCGCGAAGAUCCAAGAGAGCAUUGGUGCACCGCCGUUGUUGGAGAUCGCUAGAUGCGGAGGAAGAAGAUCGGUUCACGGCGGCGAACAAGAGGAGGAGGAUUCCAACUCGGAUUCGGCUAUGGCGGCGCUCAAGUCGGGGUUGGAAGCCGUAGUGACCGCCGCUGAUAGGUUGAGGAUGUCGACGGCGUUGAAAGUUACGGACGUGCUUGAAUCGGCUCAGAGCGUGAAAUUCUUGGCGGCUGCGGCUCAGCUUCAGCUCCGGCUCAGAUCUUGGGGUUUGGAACGAAGAAGAAGCUGAUAUGAGAGUGAGAGAAAGUGAAAGGAAGGCUCAGGUGAGAAUCUUUGAGGCCAC